AUGACUCAAGCAGCAAGAAUUCCUACAUCUGUUCCCUCGGGGAAAUUCCUGAAAGGGAAGUCUGUUUCUCAGAAGCCUGAGCAGUCUAAGCUAUCGCUUACAUUAUCACCAUCCGAGGCAGAGAUUGUAAAUCACAAGACGAAGACGCAACAACAACCACAACAGAAGCAGGCAGAGAAAAUGGCUUCGUCCCAGACCUUCCUGGACUCUGUCUCUAUCUCCGCUCCGGCAUUUCCUCGUCCAAAGCGAAUGUGCGAUUCGUGCGUAACCGAACCUGCGACACUCUACUGCGCAGCUGAUGACGCGUACAUCUGCGAUGUGUGCGACGGUUUCGUCCAUGGAGCCAAUCCUCUCUCUCAACGGCACGAGCGUGUCAGGCUGGGCCUUAACGGAGCUCCAGUGAAGAUUUUCCGUCGCGCCGGGGGUAAUGGUAACGGUAACGGAAACUCCGAGUUGCCUGCGAUGGUUCGGGGAUCAGGCAUCGUUGCGACGAUGCGAAAGUCCCCGACAACCGACGCAACAGCGUCAUCCACUGUGACCAACGCUGCGGGUCUAAAAUCCUCGAGGCCCCGACAACCUAUCAAGGAGGAAAUGCUCGUGCAAGGAGCAACAGUAGCACCUGGCGAAGGUAGAAAGCGACAACAGCAAAGCACCGGGACUGCCAGAGCAAAAACUGGUGCUAUCGCAAAGCCGGAGCCUCAAGUUCACGCUUGGGAGCCACCAUUCCCUUCGCACUGCACGCCGAUCGUCCCGCCGUCACAGGGAGGACGAACCGGCAACGGUCAGCGAAGCGGGCCCGCGUCUAACGCAGCGUCAAGAGGAGCCUCCGCUUCCGCUGCGCCUUGCGGAGCUUCUGAUGCUUCUCGAGCGUCUCCGCGGGGUGUCUCCGCUGUCCCCCCUCCCCCGCACUGCUACUGGCGCCCAGACGAUUGCUCCGCGCAAGGGGUACGGCCUAUGCCCCCUUACGGCCCCGGCAUGAUCCCUCCCUACAUUCCUCCGCCGCACAUGGCCCCUUACGCCCACCCCUGGGUUGCGCCGCCUCCGCUUCCUGGCGUCGUCUACCCUCCUGGGCCCUGGGGUCCCAUGUACGGACCGCAUAUGGGAAUGCCUUUUAUGGGAGCUGCUCCUAGCGAGUAUAUGGGGCAUCCGGGGGACUACGCAGCCGUUCCGCACCACCCAAAUUUGGGGGAAAGCAUGCGGGGCCCGCGCCCUUCGAAGAAGCAAAAGCGCAGCGGCGUACAGUUUCCGCCGAUAGGGGCAACGGCCGUCGCUGGGAGCGGGGAGCGCAAAGUGAAGCAGGAAGCGGAGGGGGGAGUCGGCGGAAGGCCGGCGGAAGGGACGGCGGACGAUGCUUUCUUGGAUAUCCUGUCAUUUGAUGACGUGGACCGGUUCUUCGUAGAUGAAGCCGACGAAUGCACGCCAGUAGUAGACGGGCGCACGGGAAGAGAAGUCCCGGACGCUCCUCAGAUUCCCCAUGACCACUUCGCGCAGCAGACGCAGCAGCCUGCGCGGGGUUUAACGGCUACAGACACUGUCAGCCUCGGCGCGAGUGAACCGAAGACCAGAGGCAACGCGACGGUUGCGCCGUCGUUCAGCCGCGCGAGCUCCAGCAGCGGCUGCGACGGAGACGCGCUGCGCGCGAGCGGCGUGGGGGAGAGUGCGAGCGGAAGAGAAGCGGAGGGGGAGCGGGAGGUUAAGCUGGAGACGCAGGGAUUCGAGGAGUUUAUUAUCAGUCAUGGGGAGGAGGAGGGUGAGACGGAGGGGUGGUUUGUUGGAGGGUGGGGCCUGGACGAGUCUGCAGAGGCGGAGAGCGAGGUCGACGUGGAGCCCCUUGAAGGCUCCCCCACCACGGGAGAUGCCAGUGGCGCAACCAGCGAGAGCGCGGCCGCGCUAAUUCCCCCUCAGACGCAUCUCGGGAAGCGGCCUCGCGCGGACGACGUGUUCGGAAGCAGCAGCGGUGGUCCUUCAAAGGAAGGCGCGGACGGGGUGAGAGCUGGCGCGGAGGGAGGGAUGGUGAAGCUGGGCAGCCGGAAGGAGCUGCAGCAGCAGUCGCCGAGCUUGCGUCUGAACUAUGAGGACGUGAUUAGCGCGUGGUCGGACCAGGCACCUGAAGGCCAGUCGCCGUGGAUUGAGCAGGAGGAGGAGGAGGGCGCCAGUGCAGAGAAACGCGACGGCCUUAAUCGCCCACUGCCUGCCCACCUCCCUGGCUUCGCCGUAUCCUCUCCUUCAUUGCCUGGGUCUGUUGAAGACACCCUCAUGCUGCAGCCUGCCAUGGAUAGUGACACAUUUGAGCCUUUCUCCAGCGAGGGCAGGGAGGCCCGUGUGCUGCGUUACCGGGAGAAGCGCAGGAACCGCCUCUUCUCCAAGAAGAUCCGAUAUGAAGUGCGCAAGGUCAAUGCCGACCAGCGGCCCCGUGUGAAGGGGCGCUUUGUGAAACGAACUGAGGUGGUUUUCCAAGCGUAG